UUGAGACACACGUGGUCUGACACAGAGACACACAUUGAGACACGCGUAGUCUGACACAGAGGCACACAUUGAGACACGGGAGGGUUUGCUGCUGCUGCCCAUGGGUCACCCCUGCGGGAAUCUGUGCGGCGGAGGGAGAUGCAGGGCGCUCUCCCGGUUCGUUCCCGUCAACUGGAAGAACGAACUCCGGGAGGUGGCCAUGCUCGCCGUGCCAGUGACCGUGUCCAGCUUCCUCAUCUUCUGCAUCAGCAUGGUGAGCACCGUUUUCUGCGGCCACCUGGGGAAGAUCGAGCUGGACUCCGUGAUGCUGGCGUCGGCGGUGAUCAACAUAACGGCGAUCGCCGUGGGCGUUGGGAUGUCUCUGGCGUGCGACACGCUCAUGUCACAGGCGUUCGGAGCCAAGAACCUGCACGAGGUGGGCGUGAUCCUGCAGAGAGGCAUCAUCAUCCUCAUGCUCUCCUGCUGCCCCUGCUGGGCCCUCUUCCUCAACAUCCGCCCCUUCCUGCUCACCAUCGGCCAGGACCCCGAGGUGGCAAGGCUGGCGAGCCUCUACGUGCUGAUCUGCAUCCCGGCUCUGCCCGCCAUAUUUUUAUACCAGCUAGAGAGCAAGUAUCUUCAGAACCAGAGCAUCACGAUGCCACAGGUGUACACGGGCCUGCUGAUGAAUGGCCUCAACGCACUCUUCAACUACAUCUUCAUCUACGUUAUGGACAUGGGUGUACCGGGCUCGGCGGUGGCGUACGUGAUCUCCAACUACAGCCAAUCCAUCUUGCUCUUCGUCUACAUCCGAGUGAGAGGCCUGCACCGCAACACCUGGGCAGGUUGGUCCUGGGACUGCCUGCAGAACUGGGGGGUGUUCAUGCGUCUGGCUCUGCCCAGCCUCGUCAUGGUGUGCAUGGAGUGGUGGGCCUACGAGGUCGGCAUCUUCCUGACCGGUGUUCUCGGAGUGCUUGAGCAAGCGUCCCAGGCUGUCACCUAUCAGCUGAUCACCAUCACGUACAUGAUUCCCCUUGGGCUCUCUGUGGCGGUGAACGUUCGCGUCGGAAAUGCUCUUGGCGCUGGGCGGCCGGAGCAAGCCAAUAACUCUGCCAAAGUGGUCAUGAUCUGCAUCGGCUUCAUGGAGUUGCUGAACGCCGUCAUCCUGGUGGCGGGCCGUCACGUCGUCGCCUACGUGUUCACCACUGCGCAUGACGUCAUCGACAUGGUGGCGGCCAUCAUGCCAGUGUGCGCCGCCUAUCAGCUCUUCGAGGGGAUUGUGGUUGUGAGCGGCGGGAUCCUGCGUGGUGGAGGGAGGCAGAAGGUCGGUGCCGUCGCUAACUUCAUGGGUUACAACGUAUUCUCCCUUCCCAUCGGCAUCAGCCUCAUGUUCUGCACCUCGCUACGCGUCAUCGGUCUCUGGAUCGGCAUGCUGGUCGGCCUGGUGAUGCUGUGCAUCUUCAUGAUUUUCUACGUGUGCCAGUUGGACUGGAAGGCCAUGGCCAAUGAGGCCCAAGAGAGAUCCGGCAUUGGGGUGAAACCACAGAAUGUGGAGGAGCAACAGGAUGUCGACAAGGAUAUGAACGGACUCUCAGGGCUACCUGCAGAACACGACUCCAGCGAAAUGUCACCCGAAGUCAUUGUGCUGCCUUUAAACGGCAUCGACUCGAACGCGGAUAUGGAGGGACUCGAGGAGCUGAACGCACCCAGACAUCUGCUGCCGGCCAUCACCCUGCGCCAGCUGCUGCUGCGCCGUUCUCUCGCCGUGCUGCUGUCGCUGGCGGUCCUGGCGGCCGGCAUCACUGUGAGGAUGAUGACGCAGGUGGAGGACUCGCCGGCGCGGCCGACGCCGUUCAACAGCACCGUCAGCAGCGCCGUCACGGAGGGCUCGCGGUUAUUACCGGUGUAGCGAACGGCCAAUCGGUCGACCGUUUUGGCCUGGCACGCAACAGUGUGGUCUCAUUGGCAGUGCUUGGAGCUGCUGGUGGUGAUGACGAUGAUGCAUAGUACCCAUGAUGAAGUGGGGCUCCCUAAGAGUGGAGUGGCUCAGACAGCACGACGAUGCAGUGCAGUGGGAGGGCUCGCCAGUGCAGGUGACCGACAGUCCCAUACAGAGGAUGUUCCUGGCCUUUUUUGGCCCAAAAAUAAUAACUCUCGGAUUUAAAGCCAGGUUGAACCUUGCUCUCGUUUGUUUUUUUAUUCUCUCACUUCAAUGACCACCUAGUACCCUGUGAGAGACUCAUGCCCGUCCGUGAGUCAGAGUACUGGGACUCGAGAAAUCUGACCCCAUGACGGAAGUUCAAUGGGACCCAGAGGCAGUAAGGUGUAAUUUAUUUUUCAUGAAGAGCACAUUAAUGUACGGUUUUUUAUUGAUUUUUUUGGACCAAAUAUAUUAUCUUGACUUUUAUUUCACUUGCAUCUCUAGCCGUGUUCCGGUGUUGAAUUAUUAAAACGUGCAAGGACGCCUCGUAAUGAAUAGACGUACGGCGUGCAUGAGCAUGGGCGCCACUGGGUGAUGGAGCGUGCAUGAACAAAGCUGUGAUAAGAGAGAGAGAGUUCAGUGAAAUUAUACGGUGCGCUCGGAAUGGCAAUCAUGAGACGCGUAGUACAGGAAAUGGGGAGUUGCUGGUUGUCAGCAAAAUCCCAACGAUUUCCAUCGGUGCUAUGCACAGCGUGCAUCUUCUGCCGAGUUAUCUUGACAUUGCACUACGAAGAUGUUUAUACGUAUAUCUUGUAAAGCCACGUGUGGGAGUGGUGGUGCAGUGGUUAGCAUACUUCGUUAUAAACCCGGUGGCCAAAAUUCGAUUCCCGUCCGUGGCAUAUGUACCGCUCCAAGGCUGGCCCCUUAACAAACCAGCACUGACUACCACGGUAAAUAUGGUCAAACAACCCCCACAAACUGACGGUGUGGAGAAGUCUUCAUUCAGCAGUGGAUUGACAAAGGGCUAUUAAUAUACUAAUCUGAUACAUACUGCACUGUACAUGAAUGUGCACCACUGUCGAGGUUUAAUUUGACUGUGCUUUAAUGUAAUUAUAUACUGUAUAUGCUGUGUGCAAGACGAGGCAUAUAAACCUCUGAAGACUUACAAUUACCACAUUGCCCACGCAUUAUGCUAGAGGCAGGCCUCACGUGAGAGUGGCAACAUAUUGUCUUCAUAGGGCAAAUAGGAAAGUGGAGCCCUGCAAUGUCUUGCUGACGCCCGCCACUGCUGGCUGUAAACGCUGCCCACGUCCUGCAAUGAAUUGGGGGCAGCUGAAUGAACGGUGGCAGCGGUCACCAUACCUGCCCACCAAUCGGCAGUAUUUUUAAUCUCACCAGUUUUUAUAUGACAAUUUUAAACGGGUAGUUUCAUUUGAUCAAACAUAUUACUCUACACUCAGAGGAAAAUUCGCAGCAGUGCAAGCCUCUGUCAACUGUCCUGUUCAACUCCAGGGAGGAAGACACGUUAUUAUUCCUCUGCCUUUGGCUGCCUCCCCCUCUCUCUCUCUGUUAAAUAAAUACACCCAGCCACUGUUUUUGCACAGCAUCUGAAGGCGCUCUGUAAAUCCACGUCGUGCCGUCAUUUGUGCAUGUGUCGCGGCGAAUUCCGCUUGACGUGAAUCUCCGCAUUCGUGUUGGCAUCGGUGGCCACCUUCGUGAAAGGCCUUCGUUGAAAUUUGUUUUCGUUAAUAUUUAUUUCAACAGAAAACGCAGGGAAAUUGUCCACACGGGUUUAAUGUGAACGUCGCCGGUCGCCGUGAGCCACGUGUGUGGACGAGUGCACGUACCCAGUAUUGUACGGAACGUUGUACCAACGUCGAGCCAACGUUCGCUCAUCAGUUUCAACCACGUGCCGACGUUCGCCCAACGUUACAUGUUUCCAGGGGGCCUGUGCAUCUGUGCACCUAUGUGCUGCACCAAACAAAACGGCUACAUGCACUGCUCCGUAAUUGUGUUGAUGACAUUGUAUUAAGCCUGGAAUAAAGCACCGUAAUUCUGAACAAUGAUACUGUAAUGUUCUUUGGUUCUUUCGGUAAAGUCACGUAGAAUGAGAAUAAAAUAAGAAAUUGAUAAAAUAAAAUAGCGCAAUAAUAUUCUCACGACGUUUCGAAUCCUUGCAGUCAAGAAAGCUUUAAAUCGAAAUUAUACUGUAAUGUGUACAAUAUCUGGAUAUUCAUCAUGCUAAGUCUAUCGUGGCCAGUAGAUGGCAGUCCAGCAAGCCGGUUGUUGAAGCAGGAACUCUUUGAAAGGGAGUUUCGACCUAGCCAAUUACUUUUUAAAAUGUCAUCUCCAAUUAGUGGGGUUUCUCCCGAUAAUAUGGGUUUCUUCAAGUAUGC